AUGGAACAGGGCAAGGCUGACAAGACUAAUACAGGACAGAGCCCCAGAGGCAGCGCUGUUGUCCUAAGGUGGCAGCUACAAGUGUUAGAUUUCAUCUGUGAGACCAACAUUUAUCUUCCAAGAGGGAUUAGAUCAAAAUGCUAUGGUGACAUUAACAUCUACAGGUCUACACCUCCCACAACCUACAGCCAUGAUGAGCCAAUCAGGAUUGUGAUGGUGGGGAAGACUGGAGAUGGAAAAAGUGCCACAGGAAACACCAUUCUGGGAAAACAGCUCUUUGAAUCAGACUGUUCUCCUACAUCUUUGACUGAACACUGUAAAAAGGAAUGUGGUGAGGUGGAUGGACAAAAGGUUGCUGUUAUCGACACUCCAGGCCUGUUUGACACUGGGAACGCUGAAAGGAAAACAGUUAAAGAUAUUGCCCAGAGUAUUUCUUAUGCUUCUCCUGGACCUCAUAUCUUCCUGAUCGUCAUCAAAUUGGGCAGACGCACAGAGGAAGAAAAGCAAACAGUGCAGAAGAUUCAGAAAAUCUUUGGUGAGGAAGCCAACAAAUACAGCAUGGUUCUCUUUACCCAUGGUGACCUGCUCAAAGGGAAACCUAUCGAGGAGUUCUUGAAGCACAGUGAAGAUCUGAAGGAACUUGUGGAAAAAUGUAACGGACAGUAUCACGUUUUCAAUAAUGAGAUUAAGGAUCGUUCUCAGGUCAAGAAGCUGCUUGAGAUGAUCAGAAACAUGAAUAAAGAGAAUAGAAGAAGCUACUACACCACUGAAAAGUUACAAGAGGCAGAGAGAGCGAUUGAAAAGGAGAAACAACGAAUCCUGAAAGAGAGAGAAGAGCAAAACCGCAAAGCGCAGGAGGAACUGAGGAAAAAAAUAGACGAAGAGUAUGAGCAAAAGAUGAGGGAGGAGAGGGCUGACAGAGGGAAGGAGAAUGAGUUGAGGGAUGCUCGAUGA